AUGGCCCUCAACGUCCUGGUCAUCGGCGCGGGCGGCCGCGAACAUGCUCUCUGCUGGAAACUCUCGCGAUCGCCGCUGGUAGACCACAUCUUCGUAUCCCCAGGCAAUGGCGGGACGGCCGCCUUGUCCAAGACCACCAACGUCGCCAUAUCCGACAAGGACUUUGCGGGGUUGGUCCGGUUCGCCGUGGAGAAGAACAUCGGUCUCGUCGUGCCCGGUCCCGAGCAGCCGUUGGUGGAUGGCGUAGAAACCCAUUUCCGCAAAGGUGCGACGCGUUCCCAACAAAGUCCCACAGUCGGGAUCCCCGUCUUCGGCCCAUCAGCCCUUGCGGCUCGGAUGGAAGGAUCCAAGGCGUUCGCGAAGGACUUCAUGGCCCGGCAUCGCAUUCCGACCGCCGCGUACAAGGUCUUCAAGUCGCACGAAUUGGACGAGGCAGUCGGAUAUGUGCAGUCGUGCGGACACCGCGUCGUCCUCAAAGCGAGUGGCCUCGCGGCGGGCAAAGGCGUGCUCCUCCCGGAGACGACCGAGGAGGCCAUUGCCGGCCUGCGGGAGAUCAUGGUGGACAGUGUGUUCGGAUCUGCAGGCGAUGAGGUCGUCGUCGAAGAGUUGCUGACCGGUCCGGAGAUAUCUGUCCUCGCGUUUUCGGACGGCUACACCGUCGUCCCCCUUCCCGCGGCGCAAGAUCAUAAGCGCAUCGGCGAGGGCGAUAUUGGUCCGAAUACCGGCGGCAUGGGCGCCUACGCACCGGCCCCUGUCGCCACUCCGGAGAUCAUGAACCAGAUCAUGAAGGACUGCUUGCGACCUACCAUCGACGGUAUGCGUAAAGAAGGAAACCCGUUCGUCGGGCUUCUCUUUACCGGGUUCAUGCUUACUCCGAACGGGCCGAAGGUCCUCGAGUACAACGUGCGCUUCGGAGAUCCGGAAACAGAAGCGUUGAUGCUCUUGCUGGGUGAAGAGACAGAUCUCGCUGCCAUCCUUCUGGCGUCAGCGGGUCGUUGCCUCGACUCCGUUAGGAUCGACAUUCGACCCGGGUUCGCGGUCUCCGUCGUCUUGGCAUCGGCAGGCUAUCCUGGCAGCUACGCGAAGGGAAAGGAGAUCACCAUCCCGGAUACUCCAAAAAAUGUUGUCGUUUUCCAUGCCGGAACGACAUCCUCUAGCGGUCGACUAGUUACCUCGGGCGGCCGGGUGAUCGCUGUCUCUGCGUACGCCGAUACCCUCCAGGAUGCCCUGGACUCCGCAUACGCGACUGUAGACAAAGUCGUUUUCGAAGGCAAGACCUACCGUCGUGACAUCGCUCAUCGGGCUUUGUCGGCAUCAAGCGCCUCGCAGAAAGGCUUGACGUACGCGGAAGCGGGUGUCUCGGUGGACGCCGGCAACUCCCUCGUCGAACAGAUCAAGCCUUUUGUGCGCGCUACGCGUCGUUCCGGAGCCGACGCCGAAAUCGGCGGUUUCGGUGGCGUGUUCGACCUCAAGGCGACCGGGUACAAGGACCCGGUGCUGGUUAGCGGCACGGACGGCGUCGGCACAAAGUUGCACGUCGCCAUCUCGAGCGGCAUACACGACACCGUCGGGAUCGACCUCGUGGCCAUGUCCGUCAACGAUCUGAUAGUGCAGGGAGCUGAGCCGCUGUACUUUCUCGACUAUUUCGGGUGCAGCAAGCUUGACGUGCAAGUAGCAACUGAAGUGGUCAAGGGCAUCGCCAAGGGUUGCCAGAUCUCAGGAUGCGCGCUCAUUGGUGGCGAGACCGCUGAGAUGCCCGGAAUGUACCAAGUCGGUGACUACGAUCUCGCCGGCUUCGCUGUAGGAGCCGUUGAGCGAUCGCAAAUUCUUCCGCGUCCCGACAUCGACGUCGGCGACGUCGUGCUUGGCAUCGCGUCCUCAGGUCUCCACUCGAAUGGCUUUUCCCUCAUCCGCAAGAUCAUCGACCGAACCGGACUCGGCUAUGCCGAUCCUUGUCCGUGGAACCCUGAACUCACCCUCGGACGCGCCCUCCUCGAGCCCACCCGCAUAUACGUGAAGCAGUUACUUCCCGCCGUCCACGCGGGCCUCAUCAAGGGCAUGUCCCAUAUCACCGGCGGAGGUUUUACCGAAAACAUCCCCCGCGUGCUGCCCAAACACCUUGGAUGCCGUCUCGAUGCCUCCGCAUGGGAAUAUCCUGCCGCGUUCCGCUUCCUUGCGAAGCACGGUGGAGUCGCUCCCGCAGAGAUGGCCCGCACCUUCAACAACGGCAUCGGCAUGAUCGUUAUAGUUGGAGCAGACCAAGUUGACAGCGCGCUGGCUGCCCUGCGUAAAAGUGACGAUGCCGCCGUGUAUCGGAUAGGAGAGAUCGUGCCAGAGGUCGGAGUCCACAUAGAAAACAUUCACACAUGGAAGCCGUAA